CUAUAUCUUUUUGUUAUUAUAUCGAGUCGCGGUAGGUAGCGGACGUUACACUUUUCGCGAUAUUUUUUUUUCAUCCCGUGCUGAAAUAAACAGUGGCGAAUCUAGGCCAUGGCGACAUAUAUUCUAUUUUAUUCUCUGCCACUGCGUACUUCGUGAAAUAACUGCCAAGUGUUAACACAGAAAUCGUGCUCAAAAUGGAAAUUGUGAACAUUGAGGACGGUCAAGCUGACCAAGUAGCGGUAAUACGAAAGAAAAGUAUUUGGGCGAAAAUAAAUAACAGAACAACAUACAGUUAUUUAGUCAACAUUGUAAUUUCAAUAAUUUUGUUGACGUCUUUGGUGUUAGUCUUAUAUUUUUUUAAAGAAUAUUUAAAAACGAUUUUAUAUUGGGUUGAUGCUCAAGACCCAAGGAUUGUGUUCUUAUUGUUUAUGGGAUUAUUUUUAAUAGUUAGUUUUCCAGUGACUAUUGGUUAUUUAGUGCUCAUAAUAACUAGUGGAUAUUUAUUCGGUAUUCCGAAGGGUUUGGGUACCGUAGUGGUUAGCGCGAACUUCGGUGUUGCUGUAGCCCAUUUUACCUUGAAGAUGUUAAGAGGAUAUUUGCCCUUGGACCGGCUGUUGAAGUCAGAUACUGCAAGAGCCCUCCUCAAAGUCAUUGCAGGACCUCAGGCUUUCAAGAUAGUUUUUUUCGCCAGAUUAACGCCAAUACCAUUUGGUUUACAGAACACAAUAUUUGCUGUAAGCGACGUUCGUGGUUGUGGCUACCAUUGGGCUACAUUGCUGGGUUUGUUACCAGCGCAGGCCAUCAACGUAUACCUCGGUUCAACGCUACGGUCAAUGCAUGAUGUGCUGCACGAGUCACACGUCACUGGUUACGUGGUCUUUGCAUUUCAGAUCCUCAUUGGUAUCACAUUAAUGGUGUGGGUGGUGCAGAAGGCUCGCAAGGAGCUGACGAUAGCCAUAAUGGCGGCUGAACUUGGGCGUGACUCCCUAUCAACAAGCAGUUCAUCCAGCUAGCCCACGGCCCCCACCUCAGGGCCGGAGAGCGCCGGUAGUAGCUAGGAGUGCGCCCCCGGGUGCUUGGCCCCGGGAGACACUUACGUGUGAACUGUGAUAUUAUGCUUAUGUAAGUCAGUGGUAUUGGGAUCUCUUUGUGGCGGUUACAAAUUAUCGUAAUGGUAUUAAAAUUUUGACAAUUGUAAAUA